AUGUCAUCUACUAAUAUAUCUGAUAUAUCAUGGUAUUAUGAUUUUCCACCAUUUUUUACUCUUCAACCAAAUCUUGAUACACGUCGUAAACAACUUGAUGCUUGGUGUUCACUUGUUCUUGAUUAUUGUCGUUUAAAAAAAAUCUUCACAUUUGAUGUUAAUGAUGCUAAGAAAUUUCCAUUAUUUUUCAAUACAAAAAUCAAUCGUCAAUUGGAUAAUAAUUUUAUUCAAGUUUUACUUGAAGAAUUACGUAGUCGAGGUAAUAUUGAAUGGCAAGAUAAAAAUAAACGACAUUGUUUAGUCUUAUGGAAAUCAAUUGAAGAAUGGGCUAAAACAGUUCAUCAUUGGAUAACAUCACGAGGUAUGAAUGGAACAGUUUGUACAUUCUAUGAAUUAUUAUAUAGUGAUGAUACACUUUCAGCUGAAUUUCAUAAAAUUGAUGAAAAUCUUUUUCGUCGUAUUCUUAUGGAACUCGAAAGACGUGGUCAAGCUACUGUGUUUUCAGAUAAUGGAGCUGAAGGUGUUAAAUUUUUGUAG